UGUCCUCUCGGUCACUAUUGUCCCACCGGCAGCCCAGAGCCCAAACGGUGUCCGCCUGGAAAAUACCAGGAUGAAACUGGCCAAAGCCUGUGCAAAGAAUGCCCAGCGGGGAAGUUCUGUGACCCUGAUUUCCCAAUACAAGAUUCCGAGGAUCUCAAAGAAACCUCUGCAAGGGGAGUGGUCAAACCAUCUGACUGUCUGCCUGGAUACUACUGCCUAUUGGGAACAAAAUCUGCCCUGCAGUUCCCUUGCCCUGAUGGGACCUUCAGUAAUCAGACAGGCUUGAGCAGCUCCAAGGAAUGCAGGCCCUGCCCCGGAGGCAAAUUCUGUGCAAACCCAGGUCUUGUGACCCCUAGUGGCCCUUGCUUGCCUGGGUAUUACUGCACCCUGAAAGCACGGGUACCCAACCCUAUUCAUGAUGGAAGUGGAGGCAUGUGUCCUGCAGGGCAUUUCUGCCCCUUGGGUAGCAGCAGCCCAAUACCAUGCCCCAGUGGGACUCUUCUACCCCAGUCUGGGAUGUCGUCCCACAAUGCCUGCUUGCCUUGUCCUGGAGGACACUUCUGCCAAGGAGAAGGCUUGGCCAUUGUUUCUGGGAUGUGUCAUGCCGGCUACUAUUGCGAUAUGCUGUCCUCACGCCCUGACCAGAAGCUCUGCCCCCCAGGAUUCUACUGUCCUGAAAGGACAGGAUCCCCAUUUCCAUGUGCCACCGGGACCAUCAAUCCUCACAGUGGGAAAUGGGAUGCCACUGACUGCAACCUCUGUCCAGCUGGGUAUUUCUGCAGCGGCCUUGGAAAGAGUGUCCCAGAUGGAACAUGUUCCUCCGGUUACUACUGCCCACCAGGGCAAGCCUCCGCCACACCUCCUUCUCACCGGUGCCCACGUGGGUUUUACUGCCUUGAGGGCUCUGUGGCUCCAGUGGCCUGCCAAAAAGGAACCUACCAAUCAGAGGAAGGGAAGGAAUCAUGUGAUCUUUGUCCAGCUGGGUUCUUCUGCGAGCAGUCCAACCAAAGUGCUGCGAUCCAGGUUCCCAGGCAAUGCCCGUCUGGGCAUUUUUGUCCUCCUGGUACUCCUUCCAGCUUAGAACACCCAUGCCCUAGAGGUACAUAUGGACCCAAGGCUGGGGCUGCUGAAGAAUCUGACUGUGAGCCCUGUCCAGCAGGGAUGUAUUGCUCAUCUUCUGGACUGUCGCAACCAAACGGUCUUUGCCAUCAAGGCUACUAUUGCACCAGGGGAGCAGUCAACCCAACUCCGAUUAGACACCGGUUGGAUUCUGCUAGCUUCCUGUUGACUGGGAAUGACAUCUGUCCUCCUGGGCAUUACUGCCCAAAUGGGACCGGAUAUCCCAUACCUUGCCCACCUGGCUCCUUCUCCACCUCUCUGGGCCUGAAGACAGAGAGACAGUGCCAGCCGUGCCCAGCAGGACUCUACUGCAGCCAAUCAGGGAUGUCUGAUUUGUCCCAGAUGAUGUCAUGUAAUGAAGGGUAUGUUUGCCUAGAGGGGAACUCCGCUCCCUGCCCCAGUGAUGGGAUUCAUGGAUAU